UUGCACUGGACCAUGGGAAAUAGGAACAAUGUCACUGUGUUUAUUCUCUUGGGCUUAUCUCAAAACAAGAACAUUGAAAUCCUCUGCUUUGUAUUAUUUUUAUUUUGCUACAUUGCUGUUUGGAUGGGAAAUUUGUUCAUAAUGAUUUCUAUCACAUGCAGUCCACUCAUUAACCAACCCAUGUAUUUCUUCCUUAAUUACCUCUCACUCUCAGACCUUUGCUACACAUCAACAGUGGUGCCCAAACUCAUAACUGAUUUAUUGGCAGAAAGGAAGACCAUUUCCUAUAGUAGCUGCAUGACGCAGCUUUUUAUCCUUCAAUUCCUUGGAGGCAUUGAGAUCUUUGUCCUCACCAGGGUGGCCUAUGACCGCUACGUGGCCGUCUGCAGACCCCUGCUCUACACCGUCACCAUGAGCAGACAAAGGUGUAAUGCAAUCAUCACAGCCUGUUGUACUGGGGGGUUUAUGCACUCUGCCAGUCAGUUUCUUCUCACCAUCUUUUUACCGUUCUGUGGCCCCCAUGAGAUCGAUCACUACUUCUGCGACGUGUAUCCUUUGCUGAAAUUGGCCUGCGCUGAUACAUACAGAAUCGGUCUCCUGGCAAUUGUUGAUUCAGGUCUGGUUGCUCUGGUCACUUUUGUGAUUUUGAUGGGGUCCUGUUUUCUGAUGUUGCACACCAUCAGGGGUUGCCCUGCGGAGAGCCGUGCCAAAGCUCUUUCAACUUGUAGUUCCCACGUGACAGUCGUGGGCCUGUUCUUUGGGCCAGUCCUCCUCAUUUACAUGAGGCCAGCUGAAACUUUUCCAGAAGACAAAGCAUUUGCUCUUUUCUACACCAUCAUUGCCCCCAUGUUCAACCCUCUGAUAUACACGCUGAGAAACUUGGAGAUGAAGAAUGCUGUGAGGAAAAUGUUGUAG